AAAAAUGGCGGACGUCUUCAAGAAGGUGGAGCCGGCGGAGUACUACCGGCGCCACCUGACGCAUGACGCGCGGCCGGACGGCCGGCAGUUGCUCGCGUUCCGCGACGUCGUCGUCAGCGUUGGCACGAUCGGCACGGCCGACGGCUCUGCGCUUGUGCGCCUCGGGGGCGGCGGCACGACGGUGGUGUGCGGGGUGAAGGCGGAGCUCGCCUCGCCGCGCCCCGACACGCCCGCACGCGGCUACGUCGUGCCCAACGUGGAGCUCCCCGCGCUGUGCGCCGCCACGCUGCGCCCCGGCCCGCCCACCGCGCUCGCGCAGACGCUCAGUCAGGCGAUGGCCGACCUCAUCGAGAACUCCGGCUGCGUGGAUGCCGGCGCCCUCUGCGUGUCGCCGGGCCGCCUCGUCUGGGCGCUGCAUGUGGACGCUGUGUGCCUCGCGCACAACGGUAACCUCGCGGACGCGUGCGCCGCGGCCGUCGUCGCCGCGCUGCGUGACACGACGCUGCCGGCCAUCACCAUCGAUGACGAGACGGGCCGCGUGCGCGUCGACAGCGGCCGCGAGAGGGCGCCGGUAGCCGCGAGCGCGUUCCCGGUGGCGGCGAGCUUCGCAAAGUUUGACAACGACAUCCUGUUCGCGGAUCCGACCGCCGAAGAGGAGGCACUUGCUACGGCGACGGUUACCGUGGCGACGCUGGAGGAUGGCUCACUGUGUCUGCUGCACAAGGCAGGUGGCAGUGCAAUGACGGAGAAGGAGCUGCAGCAAUGCGUCGACCGCGCGCAGGUGCGCGGUGCAGAACUGCGCCACCUGGUAAACAAAGUCGCUGCAAGCAAGGAGUGUUAAGAUGGCUCUCACAUGCAUGACUGUGAACCGAGUGCUGACAUGCUCGAAAUUUUACGAAUUUCGCCUGCGUUGAGUAAAAAUCACAUUCAUGUAAACGUGUGUCUUGUAUCCAUUGUUACGUCAACGUGACGUAUAUAUGUAUUUUGAUAAUUAGCAGUUAGUUUAUGUGUCACUCGGUGUCAGUUCUCACUACAUCAGGAGGGAGUAAAUUGUUUUUGUAUAUGUAUAUCUACAUGCAAGGUUUAUGUUCUUUCACGUGAGUCAUUCGUUUGAGUGUCAGACGAGAUGUAUAUAACUGCAAUAAAUGUAAACGGACACUUCUACAAUCAUCAUAUAAA